AACAUACCCUAAACAUACCCUGGGUAGUAUGGUCUGUGAGGGGUUACGGCUGUACCCCAUUCACUUAGUUUCACCAAGAUAUGGGGAAAUGUAUGUGCUAUAUUAGUAGGUAGUUGGGGAAUCAAAGGAUCUUCAAUCUUCCCCGUACUCUUCCCUAGACCGCUGCCAAAGAAUAUCCACCCACUGAGCUUAUCAGCCACUUCCCAAGAAAAAUACAUAGCACAAUAGUUUGAUUAUUCUUGGCCAUACCAACGACUUACACUAUUCUUGCACUAUAUUCUUCCACUAUUCUAGGAGAAUUUCAGCAACUCUGAUUGGGCGACGCAACCGUAAGGAGCAGCAUUGCCCUCUAACGAGUGAUGCAAUCUUGUUUCCCCCCUUCCCCUUUUGGCAUACGGUAAUAAGAUUCGGGAGCUGGCAAUAUAUAAAGGGAGCAACGGCUAUGUAAUAUGGAAUCACUUAUAAAUAUGACUAUGGGUAGCGGGGGAGCUUAUGCCGCCUUGUUCUCUCUCGCUAACCUAACCAACCACCUUGAAGGAGUAACGAUGGCAUGGCCGUGGCUUUCCUUAGGCGCAAGCUUCUUGUCAUUUCUCGGCGGUGCCGAGUCGUCGCCUUCCCUUGUUGAGAGAACGUGGAAUGGCACGAGCUAUGGCUGUAAAUGCUAUUUAGGCGAUGAUUGUUGGCCUGGAGAUGGUGCUUGGGCGGAACUUAACUCGACCCUGGAUGGAAACCUACGAACAAACAUCCCGCCUGCUGCACCGUGUUACAACACUUUCCAGGGCCCUUUAGGCACCAUCUCGACGUACGACGCUGCCGCUUGUGCGGACGCGACAGCUAUGUGGUCUGAUGAGUCCUGGACCGUCGAGAAGCCUGCAGCUGCGCUGUGGACAUAUUUCACCAAUGAUACAUGUCGGCCGACAGACAAUCCUACGGCAUCCUGUACGCUUGGGUACUAUGGUGUGUAUGUGAUUUUAGCUCAGACUCGAGAUCAUAUCAAAGCUGGCGUGGAUUUCGCCAGAGAUAACAACCUGCGUUUGAUUAUUCGCAACACCGGGCACGACUUGAUCGGACGUAGCACCGGGUGGGGUGCAUUAAUUAUAAACACGCACAGUUUUCAAGAUAUCGAAUUCACCACCCAGUACUCCGGAUGUGAUGAAUACAAGGGAGGGGCUGUUACGAUUAGCGCAGGUGUUCAAGCUCGGACGCUGCUCACACGAGCCAACGCCCAGGACCCGCCGGUUACGGUGAUAACAGGAGAAUGUCCAACUGUCGGAGUAGCUGGCGGGCUGGUCCAAGGAGGCGGCCACGGCCCUCUCACGCCACUGCAUGGAUUUACUGCCGACAGCGCACUUUCUUUUGAUGUGCUCACAGCAGAUGGCGAAUACUUGACUGUGGAUGCUCAAAAUUAUCCCGACCUUUUUUGGGCAUUGAAAGGAGGCGGCCCCUCAACUUACGCCAUUGUGCUUUCCGUGACUCUCAAAACGUUUCCAGAGCAAAAGUCGACUGGUGUCAUUAUCGAUAUCAACUCGACCCAUACAUCUGAUGUGGAUGUAUUCUGGGAUGGUGUGAAGUCAUUUCACAAUUACACAAAUGAGCUUGUCUCGGCUGGGCUCUAUGCUUAUUUUGAGGUUAUGCCGUUGCGCCUUCAUAUACAGCCCGUGCUGGGCAUUGGAAAGACUUCCGCAGAAAUGCAAACCAUUCUUCAGCCUCUGUUCGACGAAUUCAAGGCAAAGGGCAUCGCCUACGGAACGGAAAGCAAGGAAUUUGAUACCCUGUUUGAUCUGUACACAAAUUUGUUCGAAGCGGAGGAAGCCGGAACCUCAGCGCUUACAGGCGGGCGGGUGUUCACUCACCAAGAUGUCGAGGAGCAUAAUGACGAGAUUGUCGAAGCUUUCAAAACGGUGAUAUCACCACGUGAUGACUUGAAAGAUCAAGGAUUCAUCAUUGGCCAUCUCUGGGAUGCCGGCUUAAACAUGCCUAUCUCGAAUAGUGCAACGAAUCCAAGGUUCAGAAACUCCACCAGCUUUGCAAUUGCGGCGCUCCCUAUCCCUGACGGCGCAACUUGGGCUCAAAAGGAAGACCUCCAGAAUGUGCUCACCAACAUUCAAGAUGCUGCGUUAAAGGAGGCAGGCCCAAAUGGGUGCGCCUAUGUAAACGAGGGAAACCCAUACCAAUCCGAUUGGCAAUAUAAUUUCUGGGGCUCUGAAUAUCGAAAGUUAUUGGAGAUUCGCAAGAAGUGGGAUCCCAAUGGAGUCUUCUACGCUGUGUCCACUCCAGGGACUGAAGAUUGGGAGGUUAUCGAAUAUGGGACUAGACUGUGUCGUAAGAACUAAGCGAACGGUGCUGUUGACACUCGGUUUAUUUUGAUAUAUGUCAUAUCAUUGAUAUCUCUGCCGAUAGAGGAAUAUUUAGAAGGGUGCGGUUAUGUUCGUACUGUAUAAUUAUAACCUUGAAGUACAUAACUACCAAGAACAUUGAAACUUGAAUGAUCCAUGGAUUGAGCAACAUUGAUGAAUGUUCAAUUAAACGUUGACGGAUUCAAGUUUAAAAUG